ACCAAAGGAUCUCACAGAUCCACAUGCAAGCUCAAGCCCUCAUUCUGUCCCCCAUGGUGGACACUCUCUCUGGGACAACUCCUCUAUUUCUGUCUGGUCUCCAGACCUGAGUCCCGCUGCCUGCCUCUGGUCAGAUGCUCAAAGACCUGACUGUGGACUACAUAUAGUUUUUUGCUUUGGAUUGUUGUCAAAAGAAGGAGCCAGAGAGGGCUUGUAUUACUGUGACAGGACAGAAUCAGAUCAGCAAGGCCUUUUUGAGGAGACAGAGCUUUUUGAGGAGUUUAAUAAGGCCCAAAUGAUGGAUUAUAAAACUGGAAGGAGGACAACAAAUUCCAGGAUUUUUUUGGACAAAGGCAAAGUAAAAGGCACAAUGCCUUAGGAGCGACUGGCAGUAUAAAAUCCUGCCGUGGGGCCCUAUACUCUGGGCCCUGUACCUCCAGCAGCAGACAGAGUGUAUAAUUUUGAGGUCUGUGUUUGCAUGAAUGACUGAGCAACUGAGGACAGAGCUCUUUGUUAGCGAGCCUGCAUCAUGACCUCAGUUGAGAAGCGCCGCUCAGGCCGAAAGAGUGGUGGACAUCGAAAGCACAGCGAUGGAGGCUACAGCGACACCUCCAGUGGUGGGUCCUUUCUGGAUGAGACUGACCGUGAGGUCAGCAAUCUGACAGAUCGAGCAUUCAGGAGUCUCUGCAUUGGAGAUGAGGCUGUUUAUAAUGACUCAGACCUCUGUUCGUCUUCACCCUGCACCCAGAGAGACAGACAGCUGGCCUUUAGUCAGAGUGGCCAGGACGGAGACAGAGAGGACAGAGAGAGGGAGGAACUCAAGAGAGCUGCACAUGAGAGCUUCAGCCUCAGAGUGCAGCAGUAUGGACAGGACUGGAUCCAUGGAGGGAUGUAUGGGGCUGAGAUCCACAGAGAGCCACAGUGGGAGGUUUAUGGGGAAAGGACACAAGGGAGGGUUUCUGCCACAUUCCAGCACUCCUUUGUGGAAACCUCUCAACAGCAGGAAUCUCUGAGGGAAGAGCAGCUGUCCUUCCUCAGCAAUGGAGCCACAGAGUUGAAUUCACAGCAACGCAGAAGCCGAUCCAGAGUUUCUUCUCUCAUCAGAGCUUUUAAUUCUGAGGGACAGAGGGAUGGAGCAGGGAUGGAUGGUCAACUCAGAGACUGGAAUGAUGAGACAAGCUGGGACAAAUCAGCUCUGAUGAGUAUCCAAAGGGAACUUUCGGAAUUCUCUACAUCAUACCAGCAAAACUUUAACAGUGGUAAUUUCCCUUCAGCUGGCCCGUUCUCAUCCCGAGACACCAACUUCUACUCCUCUGACGUAGCAGCAGUGGCUCAAAUGAAUUCGGCAUCGUCUUUUAUGAGAUCUUCGCACAGUAAACACAGCAUAUCUGCACAGGUCAACUGUAACUCUAACUUCUUUAUACACAGUGAGUUUAGUCCUUUCAAGGUAUGGAGGGACCAUAACAGGUUUCCCUUCCAACAAGGAGAAGUCUCAGGGUUUAUGCACUGCUCAGAAUUUCCUAAAUGGUAUGAGACACCAAUGUACAAGGAGCUUUCAAUGGAGGCCCAACCACAGGGUCCUUAUAGGUUUGAGGAGAGGGGUAUCAGACACCCAAGGAAUAACUUGGCGCCUAUGGUUCCUCCCACUCCAUCACGCUCCACCUCAACAUCCACAAUGCUGCAGAGAUCUUUGGCCGUAGAGAAACGGAGCGAGUCAGAGUUGGCAGGUCAUUUCCCCCACAGGAAACGGACGCAGAGCCUGGGAACUAACAGGCUCCCAUCCCAACGCCCAUCAACUGCAUCACCUACCAUUGAGAUGUCCCGACGUGUCCAGGACACCAUCAGCUCUGUCAAAGCCCUCCAGCAAAAAAUUAAAAUGAUGACAGAGCAAAAUAUCACAACAGGAAUGAUAGCGAAUCAAGAAGCAGUACUUUAUAGCAAUGAUAAUUUAAUUCCCUUUGGCAACAAUACUGUGACACCAAAUGCUGUCAGCAGUAACACAAGCACAACUCCUUUCAAUAUCAGCCAGCUGCUCACACCUUUAGUCCAUGCAAAUCAAGAAGUAGAGACAUCAGAGGUCCCGCAGUAUGCAGUUUCCCCUCAACCUGUCGAACAUCCUCCUGUGCGAGCAGAAAGCAGGGGAGCCACUCCUGAUGUUAGGUCCAGCUACAAAUCCAGAGCCACAAGCUUACUCUUCAAUCUCAAAGACAACAGGAAAAGAGUAAAAAGCACGUAUAGUCCCACCAAAUUCAAAGGCUUGGAGACACUGGAGAAAAACAAACAGCCCUCUGUCCAGGAGCCUAGAGACACAGUGAUAGACAUCCCUGAUUUCCCAGAUGCCGACAUUCAAUUUCCCCAGGUAGAAGAAUCCAUCAGGACAAAUUCUGCCUCACAACAAUAUGUAAACCAGUAUCAUAACCCUGGAUUACCACUUACAACACUAAAUUCUCAACCUGCAACAACACAUGCAGGCCAAUAUUCAGAAUACACCUCAAGUAAUUACCAGACAGCUCAGAUGCAAAGUGAGAUGGUUCAUCACUCUGGGUUCACUGACUUCAUACCUGGAAAUUACGCUAGUAAUCAGCUGGCUAAUGGACAGAAUCUCCAUGAAGACUUAUUGUCAUUUACUCCCUAUAAGCAAGGCAUGAUAGAUAAUGUAGAAACUCUGGGAGGAGAUGUAUACAGGCUUAAACCACCUUAUUCAACUACAGAAGCUCCGAGGCUAAAUGCUGACAACAAUCAAACCAGAGAAUAUUUAAUAAGCAAGGCAAAUACUGAGCAACAUUUUAAUGAAACAGUGGGAAGGGAAUUCACAAAGGUGGAUAGAUAUCAGCAGUUGAAAGAAAACAAACAUGAUUACAGUAAUGUGUCCUCACAGGAUAGGUGGAGACAGACAAACAGCCAAGACACAGAAAAUCUCAGACUGAAAACAGCUAUCUCUCCAUGGAAACAAGAGAUAAAUGCUUCAAUGGAAAAAGAACAACUUGCACAGGCUUACCAAAGAGCAGCUGCAAUAAAGGAAGAACUAAAUUUACCAAGAGACAAAUACAGAGGAGAAAAUCAGCAAAGUAUGAAUAAAGAACAUGAGAGAACAGAGUUGAGAGAGAGUUUUGGUGUUGAAACAUCUCACAAAAAGACUGGAUUGGUUAAUCCUAUCAUUUCAAACCAACUGCCACAAUAUGCUCCAUUUAGUAAUGACACUGUAGAAAAUCCAGCAUAUUAUGGACAACAGCAACCUGGAACAUUAGAGGACAAAUACGCACUUCGAAAGUAUUACGGACUCAAGGAAAAUGAAAUGAAAGAUAAUUAUUUGACACAGAAUUAUAACAGACAUACUGCUCAAGAAUACAGAAACCAACCCACCCUUUAUUCUGAUAAAGAUACACCUAUGCUCACGCAAGAAACAGCUCGGAGAAAAACUAUUGCCAAAGGGAACGAAAUGCGAAGUAUGCAACCAACAGAAACUAAACCACAGUUUGAACAUAAUAUGCAGAAAAAUUCAUUAUCUAACCCUGACAAUGCAUCUGCCCCAACAAUGGCAAACCCGCCAGAACACAGACAGUUUGUUGAGGUCAAGGCCGAACAGGCCAUGACAGACCAUAUAAAAGCACAACACGCCCAAGCAGAGCUGGCAAAGUCUCAGAACUGGGCUCAAGUGGAUCAGCCCAAACUGGAGUCUGCUAGGUUAAUUUUAGCAGGGCAGACUGGUUCAGAGAAAGUCAAAGCAGAGCUAACAGAGCAGGAGAGAGUAAACCAGGCUAAAGCAGAGCAUAUUAAAGAUAAGAAGAGAAAAGAAGAACAGACACAACAGUCGAUAGAAAAACAGCCAGAGCAGGCCAGAGAGGAAAAGAUAAAGGGAGAGCAAACCAGAGUACAGAAGGUAACACAGGAGCCAAAAAAUAUUACAGAAGAAGUAGGAUCUGAGCACAUGAGAGAGGAGCAGGGUGAACAGGUCAAAGCAGAACAAGCUGAAGCAGAGAGGCUAAAAGAAGAACACAUAAAAACUGAGCUGGCCAAGAGCAAGCAGGCUGAGGAGGCAAGAAUAAAGCAGGCUAACACCAAAGAAAGGAUCAAAGCAGAGCAACGUGAGGAAGAUAGAGUAAGAGCAGAACAAGUUGAAAGAGAGCAGAUGGAGGCAGAACAAAUCAGAACAGAAAAGGUUAAAGCAGAACAGGCUGAAGCAGAGCGAAAAGCAGAACAAGCUAAACUACAGCAGAUAAAAGAGCAACAAGCUAAAGCAGAACAAGAGAAGACUAAGAUUGUUGAGGGUGAUUUAAUUCAAGCAGUUCAAGUAAUUGCAGAGCCCCCUACAACACAGAUGAGUAAAGCCAAAGAGGAAGAAGUUGAAGAAAGAAAGGCAGAGCAAGCAAAGUUGAACAAAACCAAAGUGGAGCUUGCCAAAGCAGAGCUGACAAAAACAGACAACAUGCAGGAAUGGUCAGCUAAACCAACAGCAAAACUAACACUGACACAACAGGUCAAAAGUGAGCCAGAUAGAGUUGAGCAAGUUAAGACAGAGUUAGCUAAAACUAAAGCUGAAUUGGCUAAAAUAAAGGAGAAAAUGAGAGGAGAGCAAAAAGUCAGAAAUACAAAUCUCACAAAAGAAGAUGGGAUUAAGAAAGAUGUUCCUUUAAAGGUAAAUAUCAGUAAAAAUGAAGAGUACAAAAAUCAGGACCAGGCAACACAAAUGCAUCAACAAAGUACAGAUCAAACUAUUAAAGGGACUUCUGAGUAUAAUUAUCUUAGAGAGAAAUAUGGUUUUACUGAUACAACUUCAACAAACAGAAACAUACUUUCAACUAUAGGAAAUUAUUCUACAAAUGAUGCCAAUGAAACACCUGGUUUAUGUCUCGAUAAAGUUGAGACAAGAGAUAGUAAUGAGAAAUCAAAAGACAAACAUAGUCCUACAAGUAGAUUUGCAACAGCUAACACGGAAAAUAAUGAGGAAAUAGGCAGUAUUAAAUCCAGUGAGGUGGCAGAAGGUCAUUAUGUUUACAGUGAGUCAUCCAAAGAAUUCAAAUUAUCUGGUGCUGAUUAUUUACCCACCAGUACAGGUAGAGCAAAUACUGACACUGCUACUGAUAAAGUAAGGGAUGACUGUGUUGAAAAGUCAGAAAAAUGUGACCGUCUGAAACACACUGAUGUUUCACAACAAAGAGAUCCUGAUUUGGCUAAACCACCUCCACUUGAAAGAAAACCCAAGUCAACUGAGCACAGUGCAGGUUCAGGUAAAGAUCCACAUUUUAACCCUCCCAGAGCACUGUCCCAUAAAGAGAGAGCUCAGACCAAGCAAGAGAUUUUGACUUCCAAGAUAAAGGCUCAUGCUGAAAAGGAGAUUUCAGCCAUUAAAGAAAAGGGUUUUGCUAUACGAGAUGGGUUUACAUCCAAAAUGUCUACCAAGCAACUAGCAGGUAGUCAGACCAUUAACAUACGACAGAAGCCACCAUCACAAGAAGUGCAUAAAAAACAUGAAAGCACAAUGUCUAGUAAUAAUACACCGAAGCACCAGAUGAAGCCUUCAGGAAUACAAACAGAACCAAUCAAGUCUGUUUCACCUCCCAGCACUGCUUCAAUACCAGUUAAGUCUACAGCAUCCACCAGUCAGUUAGUAGACCAUUCACAGAAACAAGUUCCCAAAGAACCCACGAAGAGCAGUACCAAUGUGCCGAAACUACCCAGAGAAGCAAAACAGACAGAAAGUUAUACCAUGAGCACAGAUGAGGGUUUGCUAGAAAAUCUAAAGAAUGAGAAUCAGUCUGGAAUUAAGUCACCAAUGCAACAUAAAGAGCAGACACCCAAGAACAAGCAAGAAAAACCGGAAUCAGAACAUGGAGAAAAAUCCGGAAAACAGAAAGAGGGACUUCAAGACAAUCCUGCCGCAAACUCUGACCAUCUCAACAAGAAAAAAGCGGAUCCAUCGCAAGUUACAGCUCAGGUCGAAGCUGAAAUCUCCAAACCUAUGACGACAGAAAGGGCUGAGAUUAAACAUGAAGCUGUUCGUGAGGACUCAGCAUCUUCACUAAAUCUCGUCUUUGCUCAGAACGAUACAACAGUGGCUGACGACAGCUUGCAGAUUACAGGAAUAAUGGUUAUUGUACGAGAAAGAAACCCAUCUGUGAACGAUGGUCAGAAGAAUAACGACACUCAAGAACAAAUUAAUGCAAAAGUGAAAGAGUGCAGUAAUUCAGAGCUAGAUACAUGUAAUCUCAGCUCAGAUCUAGAAUUAAGUGAAGCAAAUAAAUCUUCAAAGGAAGUAAAAGGAGUAAAGGUAAAGGACAAAGUUGUACAGGACACUCCUACAGUGAAGAAAGAUCAAACUAAAGUUGGUAUGAAUAAUCAUCCUGAAAACAUGCAAGAAACUUCAACCCUAGAUAUAGGACAGAACAAUGUGUCAGAGACUGUCACUGUGAAAAGAACUAAUCUCCAACAGCCGAGUCUCUCUACAAAUGCAAGACCCCAGAGAGAAACACAACUCCAGGAACCCCAGGCUGAAAAGGGUGUGCACUCCACUGUCACUGUACCUGCUAAAAAUAAAGUGUCGGCUGAAACUCAACCCCUUCUCUACAAACAGGACACGAUGGCAAGAGAAACCAAAGACUAUACAAAUAAAACACCAAAAGAGAACUCAACAAAGGGCAUAAAGAAAGAUGACGUUAAGAGUAACACCGAAGAGAAAAGCGCACCAAAAAGGCAAACAGCACAUAUCAAUGAGAGCUUCAUGGCUAAAAUGGUGAACACUGGAAUUGACCACACGAGUAGUUCCAACAGAGCUGAUGCUGAAAAUCUGAUAAAACACGAUCCCCACCUACCAGUGAAAGAAGAUACGACAACAGCCAUAAAUCCUUCCAAAAGCAAGAACAUCGAUGGUCAGAAUGCACCCCUACCGGAGGAAAAGAGACAUGACUCUCCAUUGCCAAAACAAGUCAACAAAACUAGUCCUAACCAAUUCAUUGAGAAUCAAAACAGGCAUGAUUCUCCAAAACAUCCGCAUAAAUUGACACUCAUUGGAGAAAAUAAUCAAUUGGAUGACAAUGUCCAUAUAGGCAGCAUUGCCAUCAGAGUUGUGCCAGCAGAAGCUGAGAAGAACAACCUGAAAAUGGCGGGAAGACAUCCUGUUACAACUGUCCCUUCUGGUGCCAUUGCCGAUAAUGAACACAAACUAGUUGCAACACAUAGUCGUGAAGAAAAAGUGAACACUGAAGAUGGAAAGCCUGAAAAAGUAAAUAAAAGUGGGAAAUCAGUGGAUGAAUCAAAGAUACAACAAAUGGUGGGAGAUUACUUUCAAGUGCAAGGGGUUGAAGAAACAAAUAUUGACCCACAAAAUAGUGCAAAUAUUGGAGAUACGUCAGAUGCUGUUUUAAAAGGAGGGGAACUUCCAGUAUUACAACCAAACAAGGCAGUUAUCAGCAAGGAAUUGUGCAAUGAAGGAAAAGUGUUUACAUUGGAUCAAAGUAAAAUGAAAACAAUGGAAACAAGUUCAGGAAGCGUUCAAGAUGAGAACAUGAAAAGGGAAAGCAGGGAAACAAAAGAUAAUCUGGCUUCAAAACAGAGUGAUCGUCCCACAGAGAGACAGACUAAUAAAAAUGUGAAGACAGAGGCAGGUCAAGCUAUUCAUAACAGAAAACAGCACACAGAGAACCAGUCCAGUUUCACAGCAAGGGAAAGACAGACCUCAAUAAAUUCACAUCCAACAAGGGAAAAUACAGUUAAAGAAAAACCUGAAGUUAAACCAAAGCCAAAAGAAAGGGCAUCCACAAUACCUGAGAUAUCAGCAAUUGCAGAUUAUGCAAGGUUAAAAGUAAUUGUUUCAGAAGACCGGGCAAACACCGUUGAGGAGUUCCCACCCAACAAAAAGGAAGGAUUCUUUCCACUAAUACAGACUCGUCAUAGCAGGCGUCCAGUGUUCACUGCUGACCCACAAGACCUCUCUGUGAAAGAGAAAAGUUUGCCAAAUAAGACAGAGGUCAGCUCCAAAGUGAACAAAGAGCCCAAACCCUUAGUAUUUCCCAUUACAGAAAAAGAACAUCAAAGGACUGGGAUGUUCAAAUUGGGAGACAAAGAAAGACAAGAGAAAAUGCUUUUAGAUGCCAAAGCCAGUGAAGAUGUACUGGACACUGGGGCAAAACAUACACAACAUACAGUUACAGGUACAGGUGUACAGGUAGCUGGAACUGAUACCCAAAGAGUUUGUCCAGUAGAUCAACAUCAGCCAAACAAUCCUCCCAUGCACGCAACAACCUCAUCUUCUACAGUCAACAGGUCAAGAAACACUUCUGUAUCACAACACCUAAAGCCACUGGAUAGUUCACAUGAAAAACCUGAAGAAUUAUCUCCUAAAGAUGAAAGAAUACCAUAUUUGGAUAAAAACUCUCAUCCACCAUCCACCUUGGGGCAGGUGUACAACAUAGAGGAACGCAAACAAACUGCAAAGAUUGGGGAAGCGAGGACAGAAAAACUGAGACAAGAAAUGCUUGCAACUCAGCAUGAAGAAACCACAGCGAAGCAGAGCAGAGCUUCUGGGACAGAAGUGGAGAAAAGAGCAGAAGACAUGAAAAUAAAACACAUUAUAGAGGAGAGUAGAGCUUCUCUGGCUGAAGAAGAGAGGAGAGCCGCUCGGAGAGAAGAGGAGAGGAGAGCAAGAGAGCGGGAGGACAUAGCUGUUAGGAUCAAGGAGAGGCGUGAAAAACAGAGAGAAGCAGAGCGAAGAGCAGAGGAAGAAAGAAAAGCAAAACAGGCAGAGGAAGAGAGAGCUGCUCAAAAAGAAGAAGAGAUGAGAGCAAAGCAAAGAGAAGAAGAAAGGAGAGUGAAAGAAAUGGAGGAGAAGAGGAGAAUAAAGAUUGAGGAGGAGAAGAGGGUGAAACUGAGAGAGGAGGAAGAGCAUAUGAAAGAGAAUGAGGAGAGGAGGAGGGCGAAACAGCAAGAGGAGGAGAGAGCAGCUCAAGAGGAGCAGCAAAGGAGAGCUGCACUGGAGGAGCAGCAGAGGAGAGCUCAUGAGGAGCAGCAAAGGAGAACUGCUAAAGAGGAGCAGCAAAGGAGAACUGCUCAGAUUUCAGAGGAGGAAAGGAUCAAACAGAUCCAGGAGCAGAAGACAACAGAGCAGCAGAUUCAAGAGCAGAGGAGCGAAAGAAAGAGAAGAGAAGAAUGGAUGAGAACUCAAAAGGAAGAGGAAGAGAUGAGAGCUGUUCACAAAGACAAGAAGGCCAAAGAGGAGAAGACCAGACUCCUGGAGGAGAGCCAAGCAGCACUGAAAGAGGAGGAGAAGAGAGUAGCACGAGAACGGACGCAAUCUCAAAGAGAGGAUGAGAGCAGGGCUAAAGAAGAAGAAAAGUUAGCAGCUUACAGAGAAAAGGACAGAGCCGCUCAAAUGGAGGAGCAGAAAAGAGCAGCACAGAGGAUGGAUGCUCUUCAGUACUAUGCCAUCACCUCAACAGACCUGGAGAGGAAACCCAGAGGAAGACAGUUAUGCUCCCCUUUACCUUCCCAACGAAGAAAUAAUCCAUCAGGGCUUGAGUCAACUGAGGACUCCCACAUCAGGUCUUUUAGGCCUCAUGCCCCUGCAUCUCCAGCUCCAUCUCUGCCCCGCUCCAACACCUCUUCUCCUGCUCUGGGAGCCAAGCCCUUAAUGUUCAAGGUGAAGGAUAACACCACUAGAGGCUCCUCUUUCACCAAGUCAGUCAAACCACGCUUCCAUAAGAACCUUGUAGAGGAUUUCCAAGUGGAGAGAGCCGAGGAGGAGCUAGAGCUAAUGAGACACAGUGCUGUAACUCCUGUCCAUUACGACACAGGGUCAAAUAGACUUGCUGCUAUCAAAGAAUCUUCGCCUUUUCAGCCCGCAUCUUCUUCACAGGAUUACACAGCCCCUCUCCCACAUUACAGGCCUUACUCUAGGAGGAGCAUCGUUCUGGAUGAAGACGACUCGCGCUCUGUCAUCAGCAACAUGUCAGAGGAUGUGGAGAGUUAUGCCACCAGUGCAGCAGACCUUGCAGAUAUACGAGGCCUGUAUGACCACGAGAGGCCAGAAUCAGCCUGCAGCUUCAGCAGUGAUGUGUCCCGCUCUCUGGGCAAGCCUCCAGCUGUUCCCCCAAAGAGUGAGAAAGCAUUGCGCAGGGCGAAACGGCUGACUACUCGGAGAAUCAAGAAGGAGCUGACCAAAGCAGACGGCCCUGCUGGAGUUGAGAAACCUCUUCAAGAGGUUUCUGGUAUUCCUUCCUCCUCUUCCUCCUCCACUGAGGUACGCUUCUCCAACCGCCAUGCUGUGGCUUCCCCUCAUUUUUCCCCACCUGUCACCCUCACUCAUGCUCCAGCAUUGGGGUCUAGCUUGCCUUCCUCCCACACAGAGCACCAAUCUUCUCAUAGCUCUUUCUAUGCUUCCCCUCAUGCCACUGGUCCUAUCUCCCUCCCAGCUGCCUCACCACAUGCUACUGCUCCCAUUUCCAUCCCUGUUACCUCGCCUCACGCUACUGGCCCUGCUUCCCACCCUGCUGCUCCUAAGACAGUUGCUGAUGUUCCCUCUUCUCCCACUCUCCAUCAUGCCAACCACCCAGCUCCAGUGACCCAGUACCAUGUAGAGUCGAGCUACCCCCAGUCCUACCCAAUGACCCAGCGAAAGGUGCUGCAAGACCUCGGCUCUGGUCAGUAUUUCGUUGUGGACGUGCCUGUUCCGGUGAAAACAAAAACUUUCUUUGACCCCGAGACGGGAAAGUAUGUUCAGCUAAAUGUGCGCGAGUCUGCCCAGAGCACCUCCCGACCACAGCCCCAGCCCCAGCCCCAGCAAACGUACAUACAGCCUCAGCGCCAAUCCCAAAUUCAAGUCAAGCCCCAACAACAGCCUCUCUCCCAGGAUCCUCCAGCUGGCAAGCCCCUUGUGCUUUAUCAAGGCUACCAUGGGUAUCCACAAGGCUACCAACCCACAGCUAUCAACUCUGUGCACCACAACAGGUCAUCAGCCCCUGCAACUCUCCACCAGGACCAACAGCCUGCCAGGGAGAGUCACAGCUAUGGAUAUCCAGCCCCUGAAAUGGGACAAAAUUCUGAAGAGCAUCGCUACAGCCCAGAGAAGACUCCAUACAUGGACACGGUUAAUGAUACAGACAAAACAUAUAACACAGUUUACAGCACACAUGGCCCAUAUGAGUCGUUCCCAGAGUGUGACACAAACAGCCAGCUUGCAGGAAGCUCAAUUUGUGAAAAUGAUAACUCAGCCCACUCACGAUAUCAGCCCCGUGAUAUAAUAACAAUGAGUGAACUGGAGGAUUUUAUGGAUCUAUCUGACUGGUGAGAAGAAAGACUGGUAGCUUUGACUCAAAAGGGGUUGAUCAUGUAAAGCAGACAAGUAGCUCAAAGUAUUUGAUAAAAUAAAAUGUUUGUAAAUGACUUUUCAAGGAAAAAUAGUCUCAGAAUGUUUUUGGUUUGUAGUUUCAAAAAGCUCAUGUGAAAUGUUAAAUUGCUGCUGUUGAUUUUGGAGAUUUGCUGUUGAGCUAUUUAUUGUGUUACAGAGAAGUUCACCAUUCCAUUUGACUUUUGAAUGUGAGAAGCUAAGACAUGUUUCUUGUGUAUACAGUAUGAUCAGUGUCCCGUUGCCUCCUAAACCAAGAGGUACGUUAUCACAUCAAACAACAGUUUGUCAAGUUUACUAGUGUUUAGUAGUUUGGAGAAAUGUUGGUUUCUGCUACGAACACUUGCAGGUCUGCUUAAAUUUUCGUUAUUUUUUUUCUUGUUGGAGAAAUCCUACUUUUGGCAUUUUGUGAUGCAUGAAAUAUUGUUAAGCCCACAGCGUCAAUCAAAGAUCUGCAGAUGGUAAAAUGUUUGUGUAUUCAACCACUGUGUCAAAGUGAAGAAAUGGUGUUUAAUAUCAUAUGGUAGUACAUUUUCUAAGUUGAAAGUUUGUGAGAAUGUUUCUGUGUUGCUGUGAGUAGUGUGACAUGGACUUAUUCGGGCAAUAGAAACACACUUCAUUCAACCAAAUAAUUUUUUCACCACAAUAACUAUCUUUCAAGAUCACCCUGUGAAGCUUAUCCAUAAACAAAAGGGACAUAUAAAGGUUGCUGCCACAGGUUGAUUUCAUUUUACUACUCAAAAUACUGUAAUAACAAUAUAAUGUUAUUGUCACUGGCAUCCUGUUCUGACUCAUGAAAUGUACCCUGGGUCUGAAUGAAUCAAAAUGAAGCGUCUUUUCACUGAGUGCAUAAGACAAUUACAACGUGUUAUUGAGAGAAAACAAUUAUAUGUCCUGAGAGAGUUCAUAAACACAAAAAGAGAAAAUAACA